AUGAAUAUCGAGAAUGAUGAGAUGAGUAAAGCAAGUGGAAUGCAUCUUGAUCUUGAAGAAAUUACUUCUAGUGAUGAUGUUCAAGCAAUGAAAAAAGUUCAAUCUCGCAAGCAUAAGGUACGAGCUCAGACGAUUGAAGAAGUAUUUCAAACAUUGAGCAACUUUCGGUCUUCGGAUAUCAAUCCACCUCAUGAACAUCUUGUUCUUACUCCUCGUUCAGCAGAAGUUUGUUUACGUUGUGGUGUGAAUCCAGAAACAUUAAAAUUACGUGAUUUGGAUUCAUUUUAUAACUCUGAAGUAACACCUGCCGUUCAACGUAUGCGUCACGAAGCGUAUUCGUUACGACGCCAUGAAGAGAUGGAAAUGUUACGACGUGAAAAGAUGAAACUUGUGAAUGGAAUUGAUCAAAAAGUUGUCCCUUUGAAAGAAGAAUCGGAACACAAAUCAAAUUCGAAUGGUGCAAGUAUGAAACGCUCUUCUGCUCUUUUAGAUCUUGAACGUCAACGUUUGGAAAAAGUUCGUCAACGUCAAGAGCGCGAGCUGGAGCAAAUGCUCGAAUUUGAAAUGAAAAUGAAUCGAUUACAACAAGAAGCAGCAGAAAAAAUGGAACGGGAGAAACGACAACACGACGCGAUGGAGCGUUCGAAAGUGCGUAUUGCACGGGAAGUAGCAGCUGACAAACGAGCUCGUGAGUUGAGAAAGAAAGCUGAGCUAGAGGCUGAAGACGAACGGCGUAAAGAAUUGACAAUGCAAUUGGCUACGCGCGAUCGAACUCUUGCUGAAGAAAAAGCUCGACAAGAAAAACUUCGACGAUUGGAAGCGAGAGAACGCGAAGAAGAGCGCAAGAUUAAAGCAGAAGAGCAUCGAGUUCAGACAGAAAAACUCUUACGUGCUCAACAAGAAGAAGUUCAGAAACGACUUCAUGAAUUAGAAAUGGCCGAGAAAGCACGUGAAGAAACAGUGGAAAAGCAACGCGCAGACCGUGCGAUUGUGAUGGAAGCACGACGACGGCAAGUCACCCAAAGGAUUCGAAAAAAUCUCAAAAUGUCGAAAAAACUCGAAGCGCAACGAAAUGAAGAGAUUCGUCGAAAGCAAGAAGCGAGUGAAGCUGCGAGAAAGGAGCGUGAAGAAGAGGAGAGACGCGUGCGAGCAUUGCAGUUAGAACAACAGGCGGAGGCGGAAAGAAAGAGAUUGCUUGUAUUGGAGGAAUCGCGUCGAGAAGAAGCUCGGAAGAAACAAGAGAUGAUUGAGCGACAAACUGAAACGGAUCGAAAUAUCCAACAAGUCCAAAAACAUCAAGAGCAGCAACGAGCAAUGAGAUGUGAGUAUCGCAAGUUACAAGCACAGCUCAAGAUGGAUAAAGUGGAACGAAUGAAACGUAUGCAAGAGUAUCAACGAUUGGAAAUGUCACGGAAAUUACGAGAUUCGGAAGUUCGGACCCAACACUUGUUGGAUGAAAAGCAAUUGCUUGUAAAUUGUCGAAAACAAUUGGCGAUUCAGACGAAAAUUCAGCGGGAUCUUAUCUUGCGAACAAUGGAAAAGGUUAAAAUUACAAAGAAAUGGCAUCAUGCUUCCAAAACGAUUGAAAAGGUUCUUAGUGGUGGGAAAGGCAUUGCAGGUUCACGUUCGAGUAAAGUGCGUCCUAAAUCGAGUUCCAAUGUCGUAGGACGGCAGGCAUUUUUGCCUACACUCAGUUCACCUACAACGCCGAUGACUGUAAAUUCUACAUUGUCUGAUGGACAUUCAUCAAACGAAUUGAAUCCACCGUCCCCACCUCCAUCUCAAUCUGCUUUUAAAUUUAUCAAGACUCAGAAUUCUGCAGCUGAACAUGCCGCGCAGCGAUAUUUAUCUCCAUACGAAAGCAUCAAAAAGGGUUAA